UCCGAAGACGACAAACGUGCGAAUCGAAUCUUGACAGAAACUACAAAGCGGACAGAAGACGGGAUCCGGUUUGAAACUGGGCUGUUAUGGAAGGUGGACAACCCAGACUUCCCCGACAGCUAUCCAAUGGCGGUCCGACGAUUGGAAUCUCUGGAAAGAAGAUUGCAGAAAACUCCACUUUUGGCCGAAAAAGUGAAACAUCAGAUUGCAGACUACGAGCGCAAAGGCUAUGCGCACAAGGCAACUCUCGUUGAGCUGACUUCGGUGGACACAAGCCGCAUCUGGUAUUUGCCCUUAGGAGUGGUAACCAGCCCCAAAAAACCCGAAAAGGUCCGGCUGAUCUGGGAUGCGGCUGCAAAGGUGGGCGAGACGUCAUUCAACUCCAAACUUUUAACUGGACCCGAUCUGCUAACUCCACUGCCGAAGGUCCUGUGCCAGUUCCGCCAGUUUCCAGUUGCCGUCAGCGGAGAUCUGAUGGAAAUGUUUCACCAGAUAAGAAUUCGGUUUCCCGAUUGCCAGUCACAAAGGUUUGUAUUCCGCAAUAGCCCCAGUGAUUAUCCACAAGUUUACGUCAUGGACGUGGCCACGUUCGGGUCGUCUUGCUCUCCUGCUUCGGCCCAAUACGUGAAGAACCAGAACGCACAUGAUUUCUCGAAGGAGUUUCCCCGUGCUGCCGAAGCUAUAAUCAAAAAGCACUACGUGGACGACUAUUUGGACAGUUUUAGGACCAUCGAAGAGGCGAUAGAUGUAGUGAAUGAGGUGAAGAUGGUGCAUUCGAAAGGCGGUUUCACUCUGCGACACUUCCUGUCUAACAAGUUGGAGGUUUUACGUGGUAUCGAAGAGAUCGCGCAAGAAGAGUGCAAGGAUUUAUCGCUGGAACGAGGAGAGCACUCCGAAUCGGUUCUGGGGAUGAAGUGGCUUCCAAUCGAAGACGUAUUCACCUAUUCCGUAGUGAUGCGAGAGGAUAUUCGGCAUAUUCUGGAACCACGUCAUAUCCCUACAAAACGCGAAGUUGUCAAAGUCGUCAUGACGCUGUUCGAUCCUUUGGGACUGAUCUCAUUCUUUCUCGUCCACGGAAAAAUCCUUAUUCAGGAUAUCUGGGCAAGAGGAACGGACUGGGAUGCGGUGAUUCCAGAGGAUUUGUAUAAUAGAUGGCAGCAAUGGACGACUCUACUCCCGAAACUUGAGCAAUUGCGGAUUCCUAGAUGUUAUUUCGAAUCCGGAAUUCCAGAAAACUCUAACCAUCUGCAAAUACAUGUCUUCUGUGACUCCAGCGAAGAAGCUUUCUCCUGUGCGGCAUACUUACGGUUGGAAGUCAACAGUGUGGCACAAGUGGUACUCAUCGGUUCAAAGACGAAGGUAGCCCCACUGAAAACCAUUUCUAUCCCUCGACUCGAACUGAAAGCCGCAGUCCUUGGCACUCGCCUGUUGGAAACUCUUCAAUCCUACCAUAGCCUACCGAUCUCCAAGAGAUUCCUUUGGAGCGACUCGAGUACCGUACUCUCCUGGAUUCGCUCCGACCAUCGCAGAUACAACAAAUUCGUUGCCGUCCGCAUUGGUGAAAUCCUAACGGUAACUAAUCCCACAGAGUGGAGGUGGAUACCGACUAAAUUGAACGUUGCGGACCAAGCAACAAAGUGGAGCAAUGGCCCCCAGCUUUCAAUGGAGAACCCCUGGUUUCAAGGACCAAACUUCUUGCUUGAACCCGAAGAUUCGUGGCCAAUACAGCGUCAAACUAACCCGACGAAGGAAGAGCUUCGCUCGACUAUAGUACUGUGCCAUCUCACGUCUCAGGUAGACCUUCCGAUCGAAAUUCAUCGGUUCAACUCGUGGUCGAAGCUUCAGCGAUCUGUGGCGUUUGUGUUUCGCUAUGUGAACAAUUGCCGCCGAAAAAGGAAACGGGAAAGUCUGCAGCUGGGAGUACUCACCCAAGUCGAACUGGAACAAGCUGAGGAACUUCUAUGGAGAAUUGCGCAGAAGCAGGCCUUCCCGGAAGAAUUAUCCAUUCUUGGACGGUCGCAAGGGAAGCCUGAGGAUCGCCAUCAUACCGUUCAGAAAUCAAGCUGCAUCUACAAACUGUGGCCGUUCAUGGAUCAUCGUGGAAUCUUGAGGAUGCGUGGCAGGAUUAGUGCAGCUCCCUACACAUCGUAUAAAACCAAAUUUCCAGUAGUCUGGCCCAAAAAUCAUCAAAUAACAUUUCUCGUGGUGGACUGGUACCAUCGUCGAUACCGUCAUGCCAAUCGCGAGACAGUCGUCAAUGAGAUUCGGCAAAUGUUUGAAAUUCCGAAGUUGAGAUCGCUGGUUCAAAAGAUUACUACAAAUUGUAUACGGUGUCGUGUUGUCAAAGCCGCUCCACGACCUCCCGCCAUGGCCUCAUUGCCUGAAUUUCGACUCACUCCGUUCAUCAGGGCGUUCACGUUUGUCGACCUUGAUUAUUUCGGACCAGUUUUCGUAAGGGCUGGCAGAAGCCUAGUUAAAAGGUGGGUUGCCGUUUUUACUUGCCUUACUAUUAGGGCAGUACACUUGGAAGUGGUGCACUCUCUUAGCACGGAGUCGUGUAUUAUGGCCGUACGCCGUUUCGUAUCUCGAAGAGGCCCUCCGAGAGAAUUCUACACGGACAACGGUACAUGCUUCCAGGGUGCGAGCCGGGAACUAAAGGAAGAAAUGGAACGUAGAAACGAAGCCCUGGCAUUGACCUUCACAAGUGCGGAGACCAGCUGGAAAUUCAUACCACCUGCAGCACCACAUAUGGGUGGUGUUUGGGAACGACUUGUUCGAUCGGUGAAAGUGGCGACGGGGGCAAUUUUGGAUGCAGCACGUAAGCCGGACGAUGAGACGCUGGAAACUGUUCUACUAGAAGCAGAAGCGAUGAUCAACUGCAGGCCGCUAACGUUCAUACCACUGGAGUCGGCUGAUCAAGAGGCUCUGACGCCAAACCACUUUUUGUUGGGAAGUUCCUCUGGGGUCAAGAUACUACCUACAGCCCCGGUAGAUGGUCGAUCGGUACUUAGAAGCAGCUGGAAGUUGGCGCAGUUCAUCACGGAAGAAUUCUGGAGACGAUGGAUAAAAGAAUAUCUACCAGUGAUUAGACGAAGGUGCAAAUGGUUCGAGGAGACGAAGGAUCUUGCUGUUGGUGAUCUCGUGAUGGUGGUCGACUGCUCAACAAGAAACCGUUGGUUACGGGGCCGUGUACAACAAGUGUUCCCGGGUAAGGACGGAAGAGUACGCCAAGCUUUGGUACGCACAGCAACGGGAGUUCUUCGAAGACCAGCGGUCAAACUAGCUAUAUUGGACGUCGCGAAUUCUUGUAAACCAGACCUGAUGUGUUCCGAAAAUCCAGCAGAUCACCAAGGUUUACGGGCGGGGCUAUGUGGCGACGGACCCCCUGUUGCGGCGGCGCUUACUGGACCAAAACGCUUCGCUUCUUCGCUUCGUGCUGAUGACGGACACGUCAACGACGAUGACUGAUAUUCGAGACGACAACUUUGAUCGCAUUAGUGAAUCGUGAAAAAUCAUUUCUAAACUAAAUUCCUUAAUUCUAUCAAUUUGUACUUAAAAGUAAUUUGCCUAGACUAGUGAACUUUCUGAAUUAUUGCUAAUUGCUUAUCCUACAAAAGUACAACAUAAAAAUAUACACACGAAAUCUGUCGACUCAUCAUUCCAUAACACUAUCGGUUUACCAAAAUUGUAAGUACAAUUAAUGAAAUCAAAGCACCCAACUAAAUAAACAAUAUUUCAGCUUAAAGCUAACAGCAUAACAACAACUGCGUUUGCUAUUGAGAGUUGGAGGACCGUCACGAUCACCC